AUCACUUUCCGUUGUGUGUGUGUGUGUGUGUGUGUGUAUGUGUGUUCAGGCAGUUACAGGAAUACUUGGUCAUUGCUUCAGACGUUCAUUUUGACGUUAGAACGGGCGUUAUCACGUUUUCCCUCAGCUUCACGGUGAAUAAACUGCGAUGUUAACAUUAAAGAAUAAGGGGAGAGGGUGACAAACACCAGCCGCCAGUUCUCGGGGUCCAAGAGACAAGCGUAGCAAGGCAGACGCAAACCCCGGAACUUGAAACGAGCUAACAUUAGCUAGCUUUUUGUUGACAGUGUGCUUGCUGUCAAACUAGAGCCCGACCUCAUUUGGAGGAGAUGAGUUUGGACUACGAGCCACUUUCAGACUAGUAUUAGUGACUUUCUGUGAAGUUGUUUGCGAGACAUUCAUUUGAACAGAUUUUUUGGGGGGAGCUUUACAACUUUGAACCACUUGUGGAUUUGGAGGAUGGCAUCAAGAGGAGGCUUCACGGGUUCUCCGAUGAAUCCGACUAUGCACCAUAUGAACGUUGGGCAUGCUGCGGGCAUGAGGAUGCCAGGCAUGCCCCAACCUCCAGCGGGAUACCCCCGCAGCAUGAGCACUGCUGCCCAGUACUCACAGGUAAGUUUUCUGCUUAACUUCUUAUUCAGUCGUUAAACAUUAGAAGUUAACAGAAACGUUAUUUGAUACGGUAUAAUCAGAAACGUAUCAAUCUUAAUGUAACAGCAGCUGUUUUUUUAAUGUCAGCCAUUAAUUUGAGUGUAAAUUCAAGUUUAAAGACAGCCGCUGUCUGUCUGAUGUCAAAGGGAGGGAAAUGUCAAAAGUCGAUAUGCUGAAAAUGUCAAGGUGUGGACAAUACUUCCGCAUUUGAAAAUAGUGUGUACUUACUGUUAGAAAUAUGAGUUACAGUUUUGAUGGUGGUUUUUGCUUGUGAUGUGCCGUUUAGUAAUAACAUUUUUAUUAAUGUAAAUCAGAAUUAGUUUUAUAGAAAAGUGCUGUUUUACAUGUGUAAAAGAGGAUCACGUGGCUGCCCACACCGCCCUCCUAGUUCGCUCAAAAACAAAAGCAUGCAUCAUCAACCACCAUCUGUCAGAGCUAAGCCUACAUAUAUAAUCACACUUUUAUCACCACCAUCUGCAGCUUUGUCUUGUCUUCAGUUCAAAUUAUGCAUCUAGUGUUGUCUUGUGUUUCUUAGUUAGAGACAAUUUGUUCUGCUGUUAGAGGGGAGACCAACAGAGCUCCUGGACUGAGAUGGAAAAUUCAAACUUACAUGAAAAACUUCCUCUCAGUAUAUUAAUUUUUUUUUGUAAAAUGAUUUCCUCUGCCCAAAGCAAACUGUAAAAAGCCACCUAAAGGGAGUAAAUAAGCAUCACAUUGAGAGACUUUACCUGUCUUUUCAAAACAGUACAGAAGGAAGGCAAUGGAAAAACUCUGAAAUGAACUUUCUGAAUGUACUCAUGAGAGGGGACGCAGGUCGAGAGUGCAUGGUUGUGUUAUUUUCAGUCUUAAGAGCUUGAAAUCAGAGCUUCAGCUUCUCCUCUUUUCUCUAGCGCUCAGGGAUGCCACCCGGCAGAGUGGGGGGCCCCUUAGGGUCGAUAGGGGGUCAGCUUCCUGGUCCUUCUUAUAGUGGUGGGAACAUGUCCAUGCGGCCAGGCAUGGGGCCCCCGAGCAUGGACCCCUCAAGGAAGCGGUUCCUUCAUCAGCACCAACAGCAGCAGCAAGAAGGGCUGGGAGGCCUCCGACGAGGGUAAACGGGGGCGAAGUGAGAGUGUUUGUGUGAGAAAAGAUGGGGGUGGUGAUUGACAAGGACAGCCUGGGGCCCAACUGGGGGACAGAGCUACAACUGACAGCUUUUCUUAUUGUUUACUGAUCUGUGGAUUCACUCUAAAAUCCAAUUCAAAUCUGAAAAAAAAAAAAAAUACAACUUAAAGUGAUAAUCAGAAACUGAAAACAACAGAACACCCACAACACAUUUAAAGCUCCUAUAAAGAGUUUUUUGACACUCAUGAAACAGGUUGAAAUUCAAAUUGAUGCUUUUUCAUGAAAUCCAAAACAAAACAAAAAAAAAACAUUAGCAACAAAACUGAUGAUUUUCAUUCCGUCAUUUUUGACACCAUUUCCCGACACAGAUUUAUAGAGGAUAGUGUUAUCAUCAACAUCAGCAGAUGUUGUAUUGGCCAGGAGAAAAAAGGGGCUCUAAUUUUCUAAACUUCAUAUUAGAAGUCAGAAGUCUACUUAAUCCACUAGUCAACCUCGUACAAGUUUGUUUUACUUUUUUAUUAAAGAAACAUCACUCAUCUUUCCCUCUGGAUGUGUUUCUCUCUCCUCAGUCUGUUUGUGAAGUUAUUGCUGUGUUAGAAGCACAGCUCAGAUCACACAGACACGAGGGUUGGAGUAUCUCAUGACCAGCCUUUGCUUUCAAAAGCAGCAAACACGAGCGGUUAUUUUUGACUUCAAGCUUCUUAGUGAUGCCAUGCUCGUAAAUGUGGCGAGCUGUGAUGUGAGGCAGCAUUUGCAGUCUCCGGUACAAUGAAUCUUUUGUCCUUAAACUUUUAUCUCACAACCAAAUUCUCAGUAUUGGAAGAUUAGUGAGCCACAGGGCCAGAAGUGACUUCCUAAAUUCUCAUUAGAGAGCUCGUGAAUUAAAUUAAGUCAUAAUGAGGAGGAACUGUGUAACAUAAUUAAAGAAACAGAAGAGCUUUUAUGGAGUCUGUGGCGAAGAUAAGUGAGAGCCUGGGGUGAUCGUAUAGAGAGGUAAUGAAGAGAUCGUUCCAGCCAACAUUUUGUAAAUGCCCUGUGAAGUUUUCACAAAUAAUUGAUGAUCAAAGGAGCAAAUGAGGUUUCUGUGAUUAUCAUUUUAUGUCAGUGCACACUCAUUUUAGUGUGAUCUUCAGCUCUGAAUGUAUUUGUUCCACCAAAUAUGUUAGCUGUGCUAUCCUCUUCAUUUUAAACGGCACUUGGGAAGCUCAUGAUUUUUAAUGGUUUUCCAGAAUCAUCUCAUUUAUUUUUGUUUAUUUGUGAUUCAGGCCAAAAAGGCGCAAGAUGGCUGAUAAAGUUCUCCCACAAAGGGUAAACAUGUUUCCCACCUCCAGAUCAAUUCUUGGUAAUAUGAGUACCAUCAAGUUUAUUCUUUUAACAUUUAUCCACUCUUGAUAGAUCCGAGACCUGGUUCCAGAGUCCCAGGCCUACAUGGAUCUUCUCGCCUUUGAAAGGAAGCUGGAUCAGACUAUCGCCCGAAAGCGUAUGGAGAUCCAGGAGGCCAUCAAGAAGCCUAUUAUGGUACCUCUUCUUAAGAGUGACAUGAUAAAAAGUUGGUCAUGUAGUUAUGGCAAUGUGUCUGCCUUCACUGUUUGAAAGACAUGAAACUUAAACACUUGAUCAUGCAUCAAGCAGUCUAGAGCAUUUAUUUCAUAUUCAUCCUCUUUUCUCAUUUUGCACACACAGAAAUGGUAUUUUUGUACCUUUAUUUAUUUAUUUUUUUACUGGAAUGUCUGUUUUAAAACCAAUGCUGUCUGUAUCUAGUGUAAAAAAAAACAAAGUGUGACAUGAAACACAAUAUUUUGUUAGACUUAAACCAUAAAAUAGUCCAGAUUUGAUAUUUUGUGAUUUCCAGGUUGUUUCAAAAAACCAUCAGCACCCAUCUGUCCUGAAAAAUCUGCUUACCGGAUAGAGCCGGUUCUAAUAUUUAACUUCUGUUUGAGCAUCAGCCUUUACUUAAAUUCCUACAUCUGGUUUUGAACCCAUUUUGGGCACUUUUCAGAUUUAAAAAAAAUCACUUUUCCCCGCUUUUCUGCCUUUGUCCCUUUUGACUCAGCAAAAGCGUAAGCUCAGGAUUUACAUCUCUAACACGUACACCCCCAGCAAGCCUGAGGGAGAGGAGGCUGAGAAGGUGUCCUCGUGGGAGCUCAGAGUGGAGGGAAAACUCCUGGAGGAGGUGAGUGAAAAACACUUUUGUUCUGUAUCCCCAUCAUCCUUGUCCAGUCUUAAUCUGAACUCUAGUGUUUCUUAUUGUGUGCUCUGAAAACUGCAAUCUCUCAGCUCCGGCUAGUCUCAGCCUUUGGCUCGGACCAGUCAACCAGAUGUGUGUUUACAGCUCUCCCCACUCCACCCUACAGCUCUUCUCACACACACAGGCACAUAAGCUCAUGUUCUCCCUGGAAACGUGGAAUUGAAACCACUGGCCGUUACAUACCACCCCCUCCCUCCAUCUAUCACUUCCAGCUUGGCUCAUUGUGUCAUCUGAGGCCACAUGAAGACGGAUUUUUCUUUGUCUGCUAAUUUCUCUCUUGGUUGAGACAUGCGUAGGAGUUUUUUCAUGGAGCUACAAAAAAAGAAGGAAGGAGUGAAAGGGGUCAUGUUGUGCAAACAGACUUAGUCAGGGCGGGGGUGAAACAGCUUUUUCUAGUUGUCUACAGUUCCAUGCUUCAACACCCCCAAUGUGGUCAGAGCUUAACAAUGCAGCCACACACACUGACACAGCAAAACAAGAACACAAAUACAUAGAGUUCCUCUUUCUCUGCCUUCUCUCAUUCUUCGUUUUCCCUUUUUUUUCUCCCAGCCUGGCAAGCAGAAGAAGAAGUUCUCAUCUUUCUUCAAGAGCCUGGUGAUCGAGCUCGAUAAGGAGCUCUACGGCCCCGAUAACCACUUAGUGGAGGUAUGACACAACAUUUCAGGCACUCAGUCGAACAUUUCAGGGCUUACAGAGACCAUAGUGUUUCCACUCAAGAACAUUUUCUCAGUCCUGGUCAGAAAGUUCAGUUCAGCUGGAAUCAUUAGAAGUGUUGGAACCAGUCUGAGCUUGUUUGACAGAGCAGAGGAGGAUUAUUAAGAGCCCCCAGAUCCUCAAGAUAACCCAACAUAAUGUUUGAAUUCAACCCACAGGAAGGGUUAAACCACCCCAGCAGUAUUUUGUAUACUGAUGAAAGCCAGGAGUAAGGGUUAGGGUUACUGACUGUAUACAGAGAUGUGUAACACACCUCUUGACCCUCAAUACCUGCUGCAGCCAAAAUACCCUCACCAACGGGUGCUGAAUGCUUCAUUCGGGAUCAGCUUGUGAAAUUGUAUUGAUGCUCCAUUCUUUCCACUUACCAAGAACACAGCAGAGACCCCAAAGAGACAGCACAGUCCCCAGCAGUUGAUAGCAGAUGCUCACAGUUAUGAGAAAUUCAAUGACUUUUGACAUUGAAUAAUCCCGAGAUCUUCCCACUGUUUCUCCUUUACCCUGUUAAGCUGAUGCACAGGGCUGCUGAUGCCACUUUUAUCAACAGAGCUGUGGAACAUGGCAGUAUAUCCUUUUCUCUCUGUUGAUGUUUCCAUCAGCUGCUUGGACUGACAACUACCCCCUAAAUAAAAAAGCAUCAAAAGGAAUUUCCGUUUACUUCAUAGUUGUCAAAAAAAACUCCCAGCAGAACCUUGAAUUUAAUCAUUAAAACUAAUUUUCUCAGCCACCAUGUUUAUGAAAACUUUCUUGGAUCUGUAUUUUGGUUUCAAAUUUGACUCCUUUUCCAUCUGAUAACAUGAAGGAGGCAAGUUUUAUGAUUUAUACUGCAGCUGGUUAACCUCACUUUUGCAUAGCUGUCACGUGGUCCUACAUUUUAAACAGUCUAUGGCGGUAGUAUACAGCCUGCUGUUUAAACACAUUUUAGUUCAGAUAUAUUUUUAUUUGUAUCUGGACCAAAGUCUAAAUCUGAUGUUUACUUACCUUUCAGUGGCACAGAAUGCCCACCACUCAGGAGACUGAUGGCUUCCAGGUCAAACGUCCCGGAGAUGUGAAUGUCAAAUGCACCCUCCUACUCAUGCUUGACCACCAGGUAGCACCUGCUCACUUCACUCUAAAUUUGCCCUCAUCUUUGUUUAUUCAUUUAUUAAUCAUCUUUUGCUCUCCCCAGCCCCCUCAGUACAAACUGGACCCACGCCUGGCUCGCCUGCUGGGUGUGCACACACAGACACGAGCCAGCAUCAUGCAAGCUCUGUGGCUCUACAUCAAGAACAAUAAACUGCAGGACAGUCAUGAGAAGGAAUACAUCAACUGCAACCGCUACUUCAGACAGGUAGUCUGAGGCGCUAAAGCUACACUAAGAAGCAAAAUACUAACUUUUUCUUCAUGUUUUAAUGCUUUUCUCUUUAUCUAUUAAACACUUCCCAGAUCUUCGGCUGUCCUCGCAUGAGGUUCUCUGAGAUUCCUAUGAAACUGGCAGGCCUGCUUCAGCACCCUGACCCCAUUAUCAUCAAUCAUGUGAUUAGGUAGGAGAGUGUGGAUCAUCAGCUGUCUUUCUGUGUUUAUUCUGUGUGGAUUUGCAAGUAGCUUCAGGAUCUUGUUUCCUAUAUUUCUGGGAAACUUUUGCAAACACAAUCAUUUUAGCAACUUGAAUGACUUUUGUCAUUGAUUGUUCUUACUAGUCUGAAUUUUGCUGUCAAUACUGUAUCGGCUUCACUCCCAUCAACUUGUUCAACCUAUUUUCCUGUCUGUUUAGUGUGGACCCCACAGACCAGAAAAAGACAGCAUGCUAUGACAUCGACGUGGAGGUAGAUGACCCGCUGAAGAGCCAAAUGAACAGCUUCUUGUCCUCUACAACCAACCAGCAGGAGAUUGCUGCACUGGAGAUGAAGGUAGGGCCUAGAUAUGAAGGUUAAGAUAAUAAAAAAAAAACCAAAAGAAAACACUUUGUUGGUUAAAGAUGACUUUGUUCUUAACAGAUCCAUGAGACAAUUGAGUACAUCAACCAGCUGAAGACUGAGAGGGACUUCAUGUUGAGUUUCAGUAAUAAUCCUCAGGACUUCAUCCAGGACUGGUUGAAGUCUCAGAGCCGAGAUCUGAAGGUUUGCUUCUACCUCUAUGAUCUAAUAGGCUGACAUAUACUGCUUAAUCAUGUGAUCUUUAAGGUACGUUCUCUUUCGGUCAAAUGUACCCAUCUAUUAGCGAACUUCCAUCAAACAGUAUGGUUUGAUUUGGUACAGUUUGGCACAGUUAACCUUGAUCUUGCUUGCUUUUCACAGCAAACUGUACCCUGUCCCCGUUCUUUACACAGGAAGUGUGUUAGCCGCGUAACGGCCUCAAAAUGGCUUGAUUAUUUUGGUAUACAUGCGAACAGAUUAUACAGUUAAGACAUCGAUAUUUAUCUGUGAGCUGCACAGAUCUUUGUGAGUAACACAAAAAUGUGAGCUGAAGGCUGCAUUAGCUCUGUUUCAAAACAAAAGUCUGUGGAGACUCCCUUCACUUUUCAUGCAAUGCAUUUAUUCUGAGGUCUUGUCCGGGAGAGUUAUUUGGUUAUCAAAGUUACUUUCACAGCCCUUUAUCUAGUUUGUGUUGUACUUGCUAACUUUGUUAGUACAGCAUAAUUCAAUAAAAAUUAGGUCAUUAUUUUUCACUUUUUUUUUUUGUUGCUAUUUAGCCAUGAGACAUUUUCUGUGCUAUGAUAUUGUGGUUUCUGGAUGUUUAUGUUUACAUUUUUUUUGGGCUCAGUUGAUGACAGAUGUCACAGGAAACCCUGAGGAAGAGCGGAGGACUGAGUUCUACCAGGCGCCUUGGGUACCAGAGGCAGUGGGCAGAUACGUUUACUCAAAGGUAGGAUAUUACAAAACUUAUGUGUCGCCCAAACACAUGCUGGUUAGCAAAUAUUUAUUACAGGUGCCAGUGAACUGUUUUUAACUUUAAACUCUCAAAAAAAAUGUUUUGGCUCAGGUGCAGCAGAGACGACAAGAACUGGAGCAGGUGUUGGGGAUCCGCCUCACUUAAAGACACAUUCUGUUGGGGACACAUCCAGCUGAAGUUUACUGAUCAGACAUCAGUGUUGCUUGGUUGAAGUUCAGAAUAUGUUGGGAAAUAAUAAGCUUAAGUUGCAGCUUAGUUUUUUUCCAAAGCCAUCCUGUUUUAUUUUUACUUUUUUAAAGCAUCAUCUACAGAAAACAAUAAACACAUCUUUUUUUGUUUAACAUAAAAUAAUUCAAAAGCAGCUGGGUUCGUGGGACCAAAGUGGUGAUGUACAUUCUUUAUUAUGUUUGCCUGUUGUUCUAUUUUGAGCCUGUUGCCUUUUUUUUACUAUGUUCCCUUAUGGUACAAAGUGCUUAAGCUAUCUCAAACAAUGGUGCUGUUGAGUAUGUUUCACCGACAUCUCUUGUGCUUAUUUGAAAUGUUACCUGUUUACUUUUAUACUUAAAGCCAUAAUCUGUGGAAAAAAAUACUUUACUUGUGGUAAAAGUUUAGAGGAAGAGGCAAUGAAACUGCUUUAUUUCAGAACAUUAAGCCAUACUGAAGAUGUCAAAACAAGAAGUGUUUAUAAUUCUGUUAUUUCAAAUUAUGACUUUUCAGAAAAAAAAAAGAUUUUAUUUAAAAAGAAUAGAGGAACUCUUAAGAUACCUCGUGACUGUUAGGAACAAAUGCAAAGCUUGUGUUUUUGAUAUUGAUGAAUAUGUUAAAAUUAAACAAUUCUUUGCCACAUCUGAAAGCAGAAUUUCCACAAACAACUCUUCUGGGAAAAGAAGACUGUGCCUCUUUUUUUUUUCUUUACAAGGACAAAAGUCCAUUAUGUACAGACUAAAGUCUGCAGCUGUUUGUACUUCUUCAUGUUUACAAGCUGUUUUAUGUGUUAUUUUUUGUUUGUUGUAAUGCCAAUGAAACUGUCUUUUUGGGUGAAGAGCUUUUCCUGAAAGUUUCAUACCUGUUCACCUAUUGAAUUUCCAUUCGGGGAUUAAUAAAGUGCUUCUUAUUUAACAAAGAUUCAGGCAAGAGAAGUGCAAGAUGAGAACUCUACAAAGCACCAUCUUGUGUAAUGUUUGUAAUUCCUUGGAAAUACUUUUUGUUAAGCUUUUAUAUAAGAUUUCUUGAAUUUCUUCAAACGUUCCAUGUUAAGGAAAUUAUCAUCCCAGAAUUUGUUCUGAAGAGGGCUCUUUCAAAUUGAGAAAUUGUCUACAAACAUUUUUGUAUGGCCUUUUUGUAAAAUAUUUGCAUGUUGUUCAUCAAUCAAAGGCCUUUAUCUUUUAUAAGUUUUGAGCAUUUUGUAUAAUAAAUAAACUUUAAAACUUUAA